AAUGCUGGUUUAGUUGACAUAACAGUCGAAUGUUCGUUUGUUUCUUCUACUCCUGUCCUAGCACUAUACUCUGUUAGGUGAUGUUUAUAAUAAACUACUAACAAAAGUAACGAAAUUAGUGUCAACGAAUGAAGGGUACGAUGGCAACAGAAAAAGGCUCUUCUGCGGGCAAUAAUCCUCUUGAGCAGUUUGUAUUAUUGGCAAAAUCAGCAAAAGGUGCUGCAGCUGUAGAGUUAGUAAAACAAGUUCUUGAAGCACCAGGUGUACAUGUAUUUGGGGAGCUGUUGGAUAUGCCUAAUGUAAUUGAACUUGAAAAUGGUCCACAUGCCAACUAUUACCAUGCAUUGCAUUUAUUUGCUUAUGGAACCUAUCGACAGUAUUUGGAAAAUAAAGCCAAACUUCUGGAGUUGACUCCAGUUCAGAAGAAGAAGCUGCAGCAUCUAACAGUUGUUACACUGGCUACAAAGAAUAAGUGUAUUCCAUAUGCUGUAUUACUUCAAGAACUGGAUAUUAAAAAUGUUCGAGAUUUAGAAGAUCUCAUCAUUGAAGCUAUUUAUGCAGACAUUAUCCACGGAAAGCUUGAUCAAAAGAAUAGCCAGCUGGAGAUUGACUAUGCCAUUGGACGUGACAUUCAGCCAGGUGAUGUAGGAUCCAUAGUGAGCACAUUGCAAGAAUGGUGUGAUUCAUGUGAAGCUGUCUUGUCAUGUGUAGAGACUCAGAUCAAUCGUGCCAAUGCUGAGAAGAACAGGUGUCUCAAACACAAAGAGGCUAUUGACCAAGAGGUUAGCAACAUUAAGAAGACACUGAAGACUCAGUCACAGGAUCCAGAUGAAGCAAUGGCAACUGAUUCCCGAGAAGCUGUUGCACAAGGUGCAGAAAAAGGAAAAAAGUCAAUCAAAGCCAAAGGUCUACGUGGCAGUAGCAAGUUCUGGCAGAAAUCAUGAGCAGACUAUAACCAUGUUUAAGUUUGUGACACAGUUCACAUGUGAUAGGCUAUGCUGGUGUUACACCAUCCCAUUAUCCAAUCUGAUGAGCAGUGAGUAAGCAGUAGAAACAACUGUUCUGAAGGAGAAGGGAGUGAAUAACACAUCUGACAAUUUGUGUGUUUCAAAAAUGUAUAAUUUAAUACAACUGAGUGGAAGAUUGUAAUUAAAAUGUCAUUUUUCUCUAA